UCCCCGUCCGUCCGUACACUAACCUUGGAAAUUCAAAAUUGAAAAAGAGCGCGUCCUUGCCGCUGCUGUUUCAUUGAAGCGAAUCGCAUGAGAUUCAGCUUUGUCUUUUGUUCCCUUUCUCAACAACGCCCAGGGGGAGAAUAGAAUGGACAAUGUGUAUACUGAGUUGGACACUGCCAAAGCAGAAGUGGAGAAACUCAAGGCUGAAUGCCGACUCAAAACACAACUUUUCGACGGUUUGAAGAGAGAUCGUGCCGAAGAAUUUCUCAAAUUUCAAGAAACUAAGAAGCUGGCUGAGGUACAGGCACGUGAGCUCGAUCUCAAGUCUGAGGAGAUCCAUGAACUGAAGAAAAUUCUAGAAGAUCUCAAGUCUAGUUUGCACGAAAAGGAAGCACACGUUGCACAUUUGAGUUCGGAGAAUAAAAAGAUCCAAGCAAGUUCUACUGAUAGGUUGCUCGAAUUGGAGGGAAGUAAUAGAGAGCUGGUGUUGGCUUUAGUUGAAGUGAGAGCAACAAAUGGUUCUCUGGAGCAGAAUGCUUGUGCCAGCGAAAUUUCGAACCUUAAGGAACUCUUGUUGGCUGCAGAGAAAAAGUGUUCAGAUGCAGAGGAAAAAGCACAGCAAGCUACAAUGCUGAAACGAAGAGAUGACGUGAUUCUGCAACUGGAGGAAGAGAAUAUCAGCAUGAAAGAUAAGAUUAAAUGGAGGAAUGAACAGUUUAAACAUCUUGAGGAAGCUCAUGAAAAGCUUCAAGUUGAGUUCCGAUUGAGCAAGGAGGAGUGGAACAAGGAGAGAUCUGUGUUGCUUGAGGAAAUGUCUUCCUUGCAAAUUAGCUUGGAUUCUCAAACAAGAAAUGUGGAGGGACUUCAGUCACGUUUGGAGAUGUGUAACCAUGCAUUGGCUCAUGAAGAGAGCAGAAGGAAACUCCUGGAGGUUGAAUUUUCUGAAUUCAAGUCUAGCUUUGAGAAUGUUUUCACUCAAUAUGAGGAAAAGAAGUCAGAGAUACAACUAUUGACAAUUCUGAGAAAUGACAAAAUAGCACAGAUGAGAAACUCACUAGGAGAGAAAGAGAUGGUGGUGAGAGAACUGGAACGUAAAAUUGUUCAACUUGAACAAGAUAAUAAGGAAUUGGGAGAUUUACUUAAAGAACUCAGGGAAGCUCAGAUCAAUAAUGGUGGAGCAAAUUCAGUAACAUCAAAGCUCCGCAACAAGCUUAGACGGUUGGAAGAGGUGCAUAAAAACUGCGCCUCAAUUCUCAAGUCUAAAGAAUCUCAAUGGGGUGAUCAAGUGGCAAAGAUGGAAGCAGAUAUUGUUACUUAUAAGUCUACACUGACCAACAAAGAACAAGAAAUAAGGGAGCUUGAGAUGGAAUUGGAAAAUUGUUAUUAUGCCAUUGAAGAGAAUCGCUUGGGACUCUUGAUCUUUAAAUCUGAACUUGCUGAGGCUUACUCCAAAUCAUUCAGGGGCAGGGCAGACCCUGAUAAAGCAUUUGAUAUCAAAGAGAAUGAAGACAUGGUUCUAAUUUCUGCAGAGCAAUUGAGAGUGAAAGACAAGUCUCUAAAAACUAUGGCACAAGCUGCACAACAACACUCUCUGUUGGAGGAAGAGCUUAAACAACAAAAGAAAAAGCUCGAGGAAUCAUCUGAGGGUCAACUAAUCUUGGAAGAGCAACUGCUGCAGAUGGAAUACACCCUACAAUAUGAAAGAAGUGCGGCAUUUGAGGCUCUAGAAGUGCUGGAACAUGAAAUAGCCAGUAAAAAUGAUGAAAUAUCUCGAUUAGAUUGUGAAGUACAGGUUUGGAAGUCUACUGCUGAAACCCUUAAAGUUUCUUAUGAAGAAAUUCAGGGAACAAGUAAAAAGAUGAAAGCUUCCCUUCUAUCGCAUAUUGAGACUGAGCAAGCCCUUAAGCAGGCCAAUGAAAAUCUUCUCUGUAUUGUCAAGGAUCAGGAAAGAAAAACCGAAGAUCUUCUACUGCAGAUUGGUUUAUUGGAAAGGUGCAAUGCAGAGAAAAUGAAGGAAGCAGAAAGAUGUAAGCAAGAGAAUGAGGGUCUUAUUCAAAUAGUAGAGGAGAGGGAAUGCUGCAUAAAGGAUCUUCAUAAAGAUAUAGCCAUCAGCUGCUUGAAGCAAGAAUCCAUGGAAAAAGAAUUAGAAGAUGCAAUUCAUGCCCAGCUGGAUGCAGAGAAAGCCCUCAAGCAGGAGAAAGAAAUUCUUUUGAAGAUUAAAGAUGUGAAAGAUCGAACUAUUGAGCACCUUCAGGGGCUAGCUACAGCAUCAGAGCAAGAUUUGUUAGGUGCGCUGUGUUUUUCUUUCUCAAAACAAGUGGAAAAGUGGAUUGAGGUCAGUGUGCUUAGGGACGCGUUGAAAAAUGCAGAAUACCUGGCAAAGCUAGAAAUUGAAGAAAAGAACACGAGAAUAGUGAAAUCAGAAGAAUCAAUCUUCCAUUUAAAACAAGAAGCAGAGCAGCUUCAAGCGUCACUGGAAGCCUUGAAGUUUGAAAAUGAAAAAUUGACGGAUAAACAGCAGACCAUGGAAUUCAUGAUAACGGAGCUCAAGUUUGAGAACGGAAAUUUACUGCUAGACAUCAUGAACUUAUCGACAGAAAGGGAAGAUAUGCUGGUACAUUUUGAAGUCAUCUUUGGCAGAAUUGGAGAGUUGUCUAGUGGGGAUAUGCAAUUGAUGGAGAUGUUGGGGAAUGUGUUGAAUACUUCUGAAGAUGAAAAUGAAAUAGCAAUGGGUUCAGUAGUUUGUGACAAGCCACAUGAGUCUGCUAGAGAUAGUGCAAAUGAUCUUCUUUUUCCUCCCACAACUAAAAAAACUGAAGAAAAUUUUGAUGGACGAUCCCCAUUGAGAGAGGUUAAUAAUUUGCAUAUGUAGAUCAGAAAAGGAAUGUGUAAUCUUGCUGAUGGAAACGCCAGAAAGGUGUUGGCCGUUUGCCCGUUUCACAAGCAAGCAGGACAUCAAACAUCUUACAUCUGCAUAUAGAAGGAGCCGAAGAUAAAACGGCGUAUUCUGUUGUUUAAGUACAUGUUUAGCUUUGCAUUUGGGUUGCAGUGACACGUUACAAGACACAUUAAACGGACAACGUAGAAGACAGCUCAGUGAUGCAUUUGUGAAACUCGAUUUUGGAGGCUCACAACCGGAUGCUUAAACACUGAGUAAUUGACGAUAUCUAUCUAUGUUUUGUUGUUUCAGUAAUUGCCACACGUUUCUUUGAGACGUUUUGAUUAGAUGAGUGGUCAAAACUAUUGACAAAGUGUUGGAAAUAUUCUUUCUGGUUCUUUAGCCACAUGGGCAAGUCUAUUUAAACGAUUGAAUUCUUUGAUAAUUUAUGCAGAAGUUGCAUUAA